AUGGCGAGUCAGCGAAAUUCUAGAGUCCUACGGUCUUUACGUCAAGCACAAGAAGUUGCUGACAGUGGCGCCGCUGGCACUCCCAACCCUGCGGUGGGUGCUCCAGACGCACCGAAACCUAUCGAGAUGUCGUUUCUCUCGAACGCGACUAGUUUCGUCGAUGACAAGGGCGUGGGGCACGUCAAGGUGAACAAUGGCGUGGACUGGUCGAACAUUUUGCCCAGGGAUUCUACCGUGCACAUUUCCUAUGGAGGCUCAGGCUCGAACAAGGAGAUUCUGGUUGUCCCUGUUGACAACAAGACAUCGGACUCCCUGCCAAAGGAUGUCGCGCCAGGGAAGAGCGUACCGAAUAUGGCCAACCACUUACCAGAAGGGUCUGGUAGUGUGGGGACCAUUGGGGUGGUGGUCGACACGGGAGCGGACUCGACUGUACUCAUCGUUGUCGGCUCUGUACUUGGCCUUGUCGCCAUUGUGGCCGUGGUUGCAGUGGCAGUCUACGGCCGAAGGAUUCGACGUCGAGCGCAUUCCGAAGACCAGAGCAGUACGGACGAGGCGUUCAUCGUGGGCUCGCUGCCUCACCAACCUGCUCCGCCACCAAGUGCGCUGGACACGGACAUGACUCCAGAUCUCUGGGUCGAAGGCCAGUACCAGUACUCGCCCAACAUGAGUCGUCUGCAGACGUCUCUCAAUGGCACCGCUAUUCUGUCGGACAAUAAAACGACUCCGAUGCACGACCGACUUACUGUGGACGCUUACCCGACGAGUGGGCGAGGCCAUCAUGGUCAUGGCGGACGAGGCGAUAGUAAACGCGUUGACCAUCGAAGGAGUGCUCACCUCGACCAGUUUGAUCUGGGCAAAGUGGAUGGUGGACGGGACGAGCACCGACGUACUGGACGUGAUCGCUCGGACUAUGGCAGGAGUCUGCGCAGCAACGGCGGCAGUCGUCAUGAUCGUAGUAGCCGGUACGACCGCAGCGGCCACUUUGAUCGUAGUUUGCGACGGGACCUGGGUGCUCUCGAGGACAUUUCGGAUCGAGGCCGUCAUCGAGCAGGUACAGCACCGAUUGUUUUGUACGACGAAGACUCAAUCGAAGAGCUCCACUCGAGCCGAAAACAUCGCGCGCGACCGCCCCGACCACCUCAGUCAUACCAACAGCACGAGCAACUACAACAACAGCAGCUGCAACAGCAGCAAGAACGUCGUCGUGAUAAGCACAACGCUUCGAGGCGAGAUAGAUAA